AUGAUUUGAAUCAUGAUCAACUCCACACAUGGCUCAUAUUUCACUCUGGGAGCCUACAUGGAAACAGGGCUUCUCAAAUAUCUCUUUUUCCUGAUAACUCUGACUUUGUAUGUUUUAAUAAUCUGUGCUAACCUGUUCCUCAUCGUGCUGAUCUGUAUGAACAGAAGUCUUCAUGAACCCAUGUACAUCUUCCUGUGCAGCCUGUUUGUGAACGAGCUGUACGGCAGCACAGGUUUGUUUCCUCUCCUCCUGGUUCAGAUUCUCUCAGACGAUCACACUGUGUCUGCUCCUCUCUGUUUCCUGCAGAUCUUCUGCUUGUACUCUUACGGGGGAGUCGAGUUUUUUACUUUAGCAAUCAUGUCUUAUGACAGGUAUCUUGCUAUUUGUUAUCCUCUACAUUAUAACACACGUAUGACCCCCAAUAAGAUUUCUAUGCUCACUGCUCUGAUCUGGCUGUACCUGUUCUUUAUCAACGCUGUCAUCGUGUUUGGUCUGACCUUUCCUCUGCAGCUGUGUGGGAACAUCAUCAACAAAGUUUAUUGUGACAACUAUUAUGUGGUCAAACUGGCGUGCUCUGACGCCACGCUCAAUAAUGUGUUUGGACUUAGUCACAUGUUUACGGUGAUCUUUGGUCUUAUCGUUCUAAUCAUUUACACGUACAUCCGGAUCCUCCACGUGUGUUUCUGUGGAUCCAAGCAGACGAGGCAGAAAGCCGUCAGCACCUGCACGCCUCACCUGGCCUCUCUGCUCAACUUCUCCUGCGGCUGUUUCUUUGAGAUCGUCCAGAGCAGGUUUAACCUUUACAAUUUACCAAAUGUGUUGCAUGAUCAUCGUAUGUCAGUGUUAGUUGUGGAAUGCAGAGUGCUGUCUGCCACCAGUUCCGGCAGAGCGCCGUCUGCUUCCAGCCCCUGUUCCUGCAGAGCGCCCGUCUGCCACAAGUUCCGGCGGAGCGCCGUCUGCCACCAGUUCCGGCAGAGCGCCGUCUGCUUCCAGCUGCUGUUCCUGCAGAGCGCCCGUCUGCCACAAGUUCCAGCGGAGCGCCGUCUGCUUCCAGCUGCUGUUCCUGCAGAGCGCCGUCUGCCACCAGUUCCAGCGGAGCGCCGUCUGCCCUGA